GUUAUGUAGACUUUUGGCAUUCUUGGUAUAAUAUGGUUAUAUUAGUCAAAUUACACCUUCUAUUAAAUUUUUCUUGAGGGAUGUGCAUGACCUUACCCUGACAAACAAUUGUGGACGGAGGGAGUAUUUUUUUAGCUCACAAAAAUGUGGACACCUGCAAGCUGAAAGUGAAUGAAGAUGCAGAGACCCCACCAAUUGUCCUAAUCUAAGUCGUUCUUAUCAAAAGAUUCAUAGUACAUGUAUAACUUCUACCGGAUUAGCUUCUCUGACCCCAAAAAGGAAAAAAAGAAAAAGAAAAAAUCUGUUCAUAUUCUUCUACAUUAAGCAAGUCCUAUUCAAUCUGUUUUUCAAACCCCUUUUGAGUCUUGAGAAUUAAGGAGAUUGUGCUCUGAAUUGUAUGGAUAUGAAACAAAUAAAAAAGGGUAUGGGGUAUACUAAAAAAAACAAGAACUUGCUUGUUGCUUUGGGAGCUCUUGGUGUCACUGGUUUUGGUGCAUAUAAAGCUUAUUACUCACCAUCUAUGGUUAAAAAGAGGGAAAGAUUGUUAAAGUUUCUUGGUUCAGUUGUUUCUUUAGCUGAAAUGGUGUCUGAUUCUGCUGAUACAAUUGGGAUUUUCUCUAAAGAUCUAAAGGAGUUUAUGUUAUCAAAUUCUGAUCAAAUUCCAAAAAGUUUGAAGCAAAUUUCCAAAAUUACCAAUAUAGCUGAGUUUUCAGAGUCAAUUGUUAAGGUCACUAGUGCUUUGACUAUCGGAGUUCUUCAAGGAUGUGGUUUUGCUUCUGUAAUUGUUGGGAAUUUCACCAGGAAUUUGGUACUUACAUUUUGUUCUGUUAAACAGGGUUACUCUGUUCCUGAAUAUGUUGAUACUCUGAUAGGGAAUUGUGUACAAGUAUUUGUGAGCACUGCUGUUACUGUUUAUCUAGACAAAACAAUGAAUAUCAACACUUACAAUGAAAUCUUUUCUGGUUUGACAAAUCCAAAGAAUGAAGCGAAAAUGAGAGAAAUGCUGGUGGCCAUAUGUAAUGGUGCAACAGAAACAUUUGUCAAAACUUCUCAUCAAAUUUUGACAAGUACAGAAAUGGAUGAUAAAGUGUCUACUUCUGCUUUAACUGUGCCAAUGAGUAAAAGGUAUAUUCUUGAUUUGAGUGGAAGAGUUGUUUUUGAGUGUGUUAGAUCUUUUGUGGAGAAGUUGUGGGAGUGUUUGAGAAGAUAUGUUGAAUUUAUGAAUGAGGAGGUUUUGGAGAGGAGUGUUGAAGUUUAUAGGUGUGUGAGUUGCAAGUACACUGUUGUUGUUAGCUUAUGUCUUACUUUGUGUGUGGACAUACUGAAUGGUCCUUGGAUUUUGGUUAUGACUUAAGUUGGAAUUUUUCAUCAGGGGUUGUUGAAUGAUGAAUUUUAGCACUCUGUGUUGUAUCUCAAGUGUAUUGUCUAUGCUCUUUUAGUUGUUGUAUUUGAUUUUUAUAUUCUAGGUUA